UCUACAGUCCACACUCACAAAAACAGUACUUCUAAUGAAUCUAAUUAGUUCCUUCACUUUCCCCUUAACCCUAAAAUUCUACACAGUCCUUCGCUCGCUCUCUCCUCCCUCUACCUUCCCUUCCCUAAGAUCUAGGGUUUCAGCGCUUCCUCCUCCUCAUCCUAGAAGCAUGAACACCUCCGCGGUGGCUCCAAUGGCGUCAUCUUCUCCCAGCUCCGAUGCUGCGAAAGAACCCGGCGAUCUUCUUGUCCAAUACGUUGUUCUUCGGCGUGACCUCAUCGACGAAUGGCCGCUAGGGAGCACCGUCACACAGGGCUGCCACGCCGCCGUUGCUGCCAUCUGGGACCACCGCGACCGCAUCGACACCGCCGCGUACUUAUCUGCUUCCAACCUCGAUUCCAUGAACAAGGUGACCCUGGAGGUUAAGGGAGAGACUCAGAUAAGGAAGCUAGCGGAGAAGCUGACAGCAGAGGGAAUAGAGCACAAGCUGUGGAUUGAGCAGCCAGAGAACAUCCCCACCUGCCUUGCUACGAGGCCAUAUCCAAAGUCAUUUAUUGCUUCCUACUUCAAGAAGAUCAAGCUCUGCAAAUAAAGAGC